AUUGCCUUCUUUACAUUAGUUACACAACAGUAAAUCAGAAGCCUUUAUUAGACGAGUACAUUGUAUUUUGAUCUCGAAUAGUGAAGGAGCUGCAAUGUAUUUGAAAACCCAAACAAAAUGCUCAUUUAGGCAUUUCAUCGAACAUGUAAACUACGUUGUUUUCUCUCCUCAUUCACUCGAUAAGCGUUCAUUGUCUCGUUUUCCCAAGAUUUUCUAAUCGUGGAUUUUGUACACCUCAUUACUGCGGAUGUUUCAAUUACAACGGAUUCUUGCGAAACAAGUUUCAAUUUUAACACCUCUGAAUGUAAUUUCCUUAAACUCCUGUAAGUUUUUACAUCAUCACAAGGAAGUUCAUUGUAGGGUGGAUGAUUGGAGCGUCGGCGACAUCAAGAAACAUGGGUUUGAUGUAAAUGAUUCUACAAAAGUGAAAUUCUAGUGGGUGUUUCUUCUGAAAAUCGGAUCUUUGACAUAAGAACGUAAAUGAACAGUGAACUCAUCAAGGUGAACUGCUUGCUUGCUAAGCUCACCAAAUCACAACAAUACACAAAAACCCUUCAAUUGUUCCACAAAAUUCAGUCUUCCCACUAUCUAAAACCAGAUCAAUAUACCCUCUCUACAACCCUCACAGCUUGCGCCAAUCUCCGUGAUGACACCGCCGGAAACCAGGUCCACGCGCAAGUUAUCAAAACCGGCUAUAAAAUCUACUCACACGUAGCCAACACUCUGCUCUUCCUCUACUCCAAAUCAGAAGACUUGGCUUCAGUAAAACGGGUUUUCGCAGAGAUAAAAAUCCCGGAUGUGUAUUCAUGGACAACACUAUUGUCUGCGUGCACAAACCUCGGGGAAGUUGAUUAUGCAUGCCACCUGCUCGAUCAAAUACCCCACAGAGACGAAGCUGUCUGGAACGCCGUAAUCACAGGUUGCGCAGAUAAUGGGUAUCCAUCCAUCGCAUUGGAUAUGUUCAAUCGAAUGCACUUGUUGGGAAUUAGACAUGAUAACUACAGUUACGCUAGCGUUUUGAGCAUGUGUUCUUCAGAAUUAAUCGACUAUGGUGUACAAGUUCACUCACUGGUAAUCAAGACUGGUUUUUUAGUCAAACCUUCAGUUACAAAUGCUCUUAUCACAAUGUAUUUCAACUUCGGAAACGCUAAUGACGCACACCAAGUGUUUGAUGAAACAGAACAUGAUCAUAUCACUUAUAAUGCAAUGAUUUCCGGUCUGGUGAGCAUGGGAAAAGACGAAAAUGCCCUCGUAAUGUUCAAAAACAUGCAAGAAAUCGGUCUCAACCCAACUGAACGAACUUACGUGAGUCUUAUGAGCUCAAGUCCUUGUAAAAACUCAUGUACACAACUACACGCCCAUUCCAUCAAGACCGGAUUCCACGAUUCCAAUUCCGUAAGUAACGCGGCAAUCACCAUGUAUUCCAAUAACUCCGACUUUCAUUCCGCAGAAUUGGUGUUCAUGGAAUUGGAACAAAAAGAUCGUGUCUCAUGGAACACCAUGAUAACAAUCCAUGCUCAAUCCAAUUCCAAUUCCGGAGACGCGAUUCCGACCUACUUACAAAUGCAACACCACGGAAUCAAACCAGAUGAAUUCACGAUCGGAAGCUUGCUUUCAACUAUGGAAUCCAUACAAAGCAUUAUGACAAUUCUCGCGAUUGUGAUUAAAAACAAUCUUAUUUCAAAAACCGAAGUAUCAAACGCAUUGAUUUCAAAUCUUUCCAAACGGAAUGGAAUCAAAGAGGCUUACAUUAUCUUUAACGAAACGAAUUCCAAGAAUUUGAUAUCAUGGAAUUCAAUGAUUUCCGGGUUUCAUUCAAACGGGUAUUCCUUUCACGCAUUAAAUCUAUUCUCCAACAUUAUCGUAUCACGUUUGACUCCCGAUGUCUACACGUUGACCAUGGUUUUAAACAUAUGUGCCACCAUUUCAUCCUUAACAUAUGGAAAAGAAAUCCAUGGAUACAUAAUCAAAUCUCAUUAUUUCCACGACACAUCAUUAGGGAAUUCCCUAAUCGCUUUAUAUUCAAAAUGUGGGGAUUUAAAUUGGUCUUCUAGGGUUUUCGAUUUGAUAAUCCACAAAGAUGUAAUCUCUUGGAAUUCAAUGAUUUCCGCAUACGGUCAACACGGGAAAGGGGAGAAGGCAAUUUCAUGUUUUGAAUCAAUGCAAGAUUCAGAUUCGGUCAAAAUCAAAGUCAAAGUCAAACCAGACCAUACGACUUUCAUUGUGGUUCUCACGGCAUGUAGCCAUGCGGGACUUGUUGAAGAUGGGGUCAAGAUUUUCAAGUCAAUGGUCAACGAGUAUGGUUUAGAGCCGGGAGUUGACCAUUUUUCUUGUGUGGUUGACCUUUUGGGACGUGCGGGAUAUCUUGAUGAGGUGGAGAAGAUGGUGAAGAGUGAUUGGUGUAAUGUGGAUUGUAGUGUGUGGUGGAGUUUGUUUAGCUCAUGUGCUGCUCAUGGGGAUUUGAGACUUGGGAGGAUUGUUGGUGGGAUUCUUUUGGAAAUGGAAGAAGAUAAGUCGAGUGUUUAUGUGGUUUUGGCGAAUAUGCUUGCGGAUGGUGGAUUUUGGGAAGAGGCGGAGGGUGUGAGGAAGAUGAUGAGGGGUCAUGGGGUUGUGAAGCAACCGGGGUAUAGUUGGAUUAGAUCAUAGAACCAUAGAAACUUAGGUGUUAAUUCUUUUUGACUUAAUGAUAGAAUGACUUAAUGUGUUCAGCUAAAAGCAUGGCUUAAUGGAUUACGACAUCAAGCAUUUACUGUCUUCUUUUUGUUUACUCCAAACUCGUAUUAAAAUUAAUAAAUAUUGUUAAAAUUGAUGAAAAAGAAACAAAUGUCGUGUAUAAAAUACUUUAUCCGUA